AUGAAUCUCCUAGAUCUGCCACUUGAGAUUAUCCACCUUAUUUUCCAGUCCAUACCCGACCAAUGGAGUCUCCCUGCGUUGCAAGAUCCCAACUACGACCCUAAUCCACGGGUCUUCUCCCUCGACCUGUGGUCACUCAACUCUUUUGUCCAAACAUGCAAAACCCUAUAUAUGCCUCUGAACCCCUUCCUCUAUCAGUGGGAUGCCGAGUUUUACUCCAACCGGGCCCUGGGCUGGGCAGCAGAAAGUGGCAACCUAGCAACUGCGCGGCUCUCACUCAAAGCGAAGCUCCCAGAGGAAAGAUGCCACAAAAGAUGGGAAUACUUGUAUGUGGCUACAUAUUAUAACCACCAAGCCAUCGUACACCUUCUACUGAAGCAUGAUAUCGAUCCGAAUCGGGUUGCGUACUGGGACACUGAGGUGGAUGACGGCGAGGGUUCGAACAAUCUCAGUAUCAAUUUGCUCGAGGAAGCCACACACGUGGGCUCUGUUCCAAUCCUGGAAUUAUUACUUGAUCAUGGGGCAGUUACUGACCGUCUGACAUUCAUAUCAAUGCUGAAACACGCAGCGGGGAAAGGGUACCUUGCUAUCGCCAAACUUCUUAUCGAGAAUGGCUGUGGUCUUGGAGCGAUCGAUCCUGCUGAAUAUCACGAUGCUCUAUGCAGAGCAAUCGAGACAGGAUCCACCAGUGUAGUUCAGUUUCUGCUUGAACAAGGAGUUUGUCCUGAGAUGCCGCCCGGGAUACAGCGGCCAGGUCGGUCGUCUAUGGCUCUGGCUGCUUAUAUGCACGACCAAGAGAUAAUCAAGAUGCUAAUUGCCCAUGGAGCGAAUCCAUUUCCCGAGGAACCGAUCGGCAUCUAUGUCCUCCCAUUGGUAAAUGCUGCCAGUGUGAAGAAUUACCCAGUGGCUCAGCUCCUCCGUGAAUCCAUCAAUCUAGAGGAGAUGAUCAGAUCGAGAGGCCGGAACCAAGAAUUGCUUCUGUUGGUCGCUGCUGCCUGUGGAUGGGACGACAUGGUACGACAACUCCUCGACCAGGGCUGUCCGGUGGAUACAAAGGUACGAAAUUCAUACUCUUUCCAUUCAACCAGUAAGCCCGACAUCAACAAGGAGCAUCUCCCGCCUAUAUCGCUCGCGGCCGAUCGAGGUCACUAUAGCACUGUGCAGCUACUGCUUUCCUAUAAUGCAAGCUACAAUCCCCUCUCGAGAUACGAAGAACCCUUCCCACUUCUCCAUGCGGUGGCCUCAGGACACCUGGAUAUUGUGGAGCUUCUCCUCGAUCACGGCGCAGAACUGAAUGGUAUAGGACGAUGGUAUGACCGGGACAAGGACAUCGGUGAUCUACCGUGCAUAUAUUGGGCUUUGAGACAUCCGGAGAUCUUCCGCCUUCUGCUUGACCGAGGCGCGGAUCUAUCCGUGCGGGCAGUAGAAGCCAGCAUCCAGAUUGACCGGAAUCUACAUGGGAUUAUCUCAAUCAGUCAUGAGUUUGAGGGCGGAGGGCGAGCACCCACAAGCACACUGGUCAUCCAAGAGGCUCUGGAAAGUGGUUGCACCGAAAUAGUCCAAAUCCUCCUGGAAAGAGGCAUACCAUUGCAAAUCCCUGGGCAAGGUGCCUGUUGGGGUCACAAGCCUCUGCUAAUAGCGGCAGCGGCGGGGGGCGAAGAAACGACAAGGCUUGUCUUGGACCAUGGACUCAACAUUUCCUCGGGAAGCGUAGAUGUCGAGGAAGCCAUAAACAUUGCUGUCGGUAAAGCAAACUUCGUGUUGUUUAAGCUCCUGCUGGACAGAGGAUUUUUGAAUCCUCCAUCUGCUUCUCCGGGAGAUCGAAACAUUCUGGGAAUUGAGAUACCCGCGUCCCCAGCGCCACAGAGAGAUACAAAUACCGAUGCGACUACUAUGGAUCUACCAACAGAGCACGGCACGUGCACUAAACCGACAAAAUCACCUCUAGCAACAUCCCCUCUUGAUCAUCUGUUCAUGAGCGAGGCUUUACCAGGUCCAGGAAAUACGGAAAUUUUCGUUCAGUUUUUGUUGGAACAAGGUGCAGAACCCCUUGGAGGAUCUUCUGCCUUUACGACUCCAUUGGGAAUAGCUUCAAAACGACGAUAUAUCCAUAUAGUUCGGCUUAUGCUGAGGGUCAUUGAUAGACAGACUAUUACGGAGGAAGAGCUCUUGCUUAAGCUUGGCGUGAUUCUUGAGAUUGAAAACCUCGACGCAGGUGCCCGUAGUACGCUAAGCGGAGCAGCAGAAACCUUCCAUGAAGUGAGUUGA